UUAUGAAUAAAACUGAAUUGAAGUGAAUAUAUUCCAGUGCCUUUUUGGUUGAUAUGUGGGGACACUGUAAACAACCAGAAAAAUGUGAGGGUAUACUCUGUAUACCUGUGUAUACCUUCCACUACACCAAUUAGUAUACUGUUACUGUUUUGAAUUGGUAUAGGAGACAAUAUUUCAAUUAUUUUUUCUGUAUGAAAUAUUUGUCAUCAUGUCAUUACACUCAGUUUUUGCAGUAUUUUGCGACAAAAUAAAUACUGUUGCAGUAGUCACAGACGUCUAAUGGCGCAGUAUACCCUCCGGAGCUGUAGGUGGCGGUGUGCAGCCUGUGUUAGUGUGAGACUCAGAGAAGAAGAACAGCAGAACCGUAGAAGAAGAAUCCAGCUGUUUUUAUUCCCUCUGCUCUGUCCCGCUGGCAGUGUGUUAACAGACUGCAUCACCGCUCAUUUAAAACAACUAAACGAAGAAUAGCUAGAGUAAUUUUGCUUCGAAGAAUCGAGAUAAACGCCUCUUCAUGUGUUUGCUGCAGUGGUGAAGAUGGCGGGUAGGGGCAGGCUGGUGCCCUGUGCGUGUCUGGGGCUGUUUGGUGUCCUGUGCUGGGUCUGGGUCUCCUUUGCUUCCUUUCCAGAUGACCAACUUCCCCUGGAGGCCCUGGAUGCAGUGGACCGAGGAGCCUUUCUGCCCCAGAGUGCUCUGUCAGAGAUGGAGUUUGCCUCCAUCAGUUCAUACAGAGGACCUGGCAACAGAGACCGCCGCAGCAACAAGGAGCUGCCCAUCCUCCUCUGGUGGAGCGCAGGACUGUUCCCACAUUUCCCCGGUGACACCGAGCGCAUCGACUGUGCCACAUCCUCCUGCCUGGUCACAAGCAAUCGCAAGCUGUACAAGCGGACAGCAUCCAUCAUCUUUUAUGGAACAGACUUUCGGGCAUAUGAGGCUCCGCUCCCUCGUCUCCGCCACCAGACCUGGGCACUGUUCCAUGAAGAGUCACCCAUGAAUAACUACGUCCUCUCCCAUGGACCGGGAAUCAGGCUGUUCAACUACACAGCCACGUUUCGCAGGGAGUCAGACUAUCCCCUGACCCUGCAGUGGCUGCCCUCUCUGGAUUACUUGCUGAGGCCUGUGGGCGUGUCCCUGGAGGAGAAGAACCGGCUCAGGAGAGAGGGCCUGGCUCCUGUGCUGUACAUGCAGUCUCACUGUGAUGUACCGUCAGACAGAAACAGAUAUGUCCAGGAGCUCAUGAAGUACAUUCAGGUGGACUCUUAUGGGAAAUGCUUGAAGAAUAAACCUCUACCUGAACAUCUGGAGGACACAUCCACAGCCACCGGGGAAGAGGCCAACUUUAUGAAUUUUGUUGCCCGCUACAAGUUUCACCUGGCACUGGAGAAUGGCCUGUGUCCAGAUUACAUGACAGAGAAGCUGUGGCGGCCUCUCCAUCAGGGCUGCGUGCCCGUCUAUCGAGGCUCCUCUGUGGUCGCAGACUGGAUGCCCAACGACCACUCUGUAAUCAUCAUAGAUAACUUCCCCUCACCGAAAGCUCUCGGCGAGUUCCUCAAACGCCUCGAUGAGAACGAUGAUGAAUAUGCAAAAUAUUUAGAGUUCAAGAACCCCACGCGCAUCACUAACGCUCGUUUGCUGGUGGCCCUGGAGACGCGCGAGUGGGGGGUUAAUGACAUGAGUAAACCCAACUACCUGAAUGGAUUUGAAUGUUACGUGUGUGACCGGGAGAAUGCACGACUGGCAGCAGAACGUGCACACAGGAAAGCCCCUGCAAAGAACCCCCCUCCUCAGCCUAGAAUGGCCAACAACUCUCACAUGGGGUGCCCCCUGCCCAGCCCGGGGUACGGAGAUGUCCAAGACGUACCGGCAGAUGAUGGAUGGUUACAAACAUGGCCUCAGGAUUACUGGCAGAGCCUGGACCAAGCAGAGGGGCUGGAAUCUCUGAUAAGACAUAACGAGUCAGACCCUUCACUGCUGUGGAAGCACAUCCAAAACAUUGCUGUGAGCAGAGCCAGAGGAAAACACUGACACAGGCCUUGAAACAAACAGAGGAUGGAGCACGUCCAGGAUUACAGAGGUGUCCCACAUUAUGCAUCCCCUCUGUUUAAACGAGGGAAUGAAGCAGAAAUUAGUAAUAUUUUUUGCACCUGAGCCAAACCUCCUUUUACCCUUAUGAGCAGUAUAGUUAUCCUAUAACAGAGUUUGAUAUUGUAUUCAGCUGACAUGAUACUUUUGUCCUUUAUCCCUGGUUCACUAAUGGGAAAAUAAUGUUUUAGAGUGCUAUAUGCUAAUAUUUUCAAGUCGCUUUAUUACUCUAACCGAGGUGCCAUCAUUGCCCUUACUCCGCCUUGCAUUGUUAACAUUAACUGCGUGCGGUGCAGUUGUUCCACUGAGGCACAUUCUCAUGAGAGGCAGCUUUUCAUUGGACUGGGGCAGAGCCAAAGACUUGUCCUCUGCACCAAGAGAGCUCUGCCUAACUGUGUGUGAAGACCAUCAAGGCACUAGCCAGUGAUCUGCAUUAGCUCCUUUACAGUCGCUCAGCAGGUAGCUGAUGGUUAUUAGCUGAAGUCACAUUUAUGUACACAGCUAUUUUUAAGUGACUAUGCAAGGAAAAUAUUAUUUCACUGAGGAGCAGGAGGAAGGCAAAUGUUAAGUUAAGUACAACUCCCCUGUGGGAAAUCACUACUGUAUUUGCAAGGUAGUCCUCAGGAACGGCUCAUCUAAUGAAUCUCUGUGGCAGAUACUUCACCCUAACUGUUGUCUGUUACAUGAUGCUAAGAUCAUGGUUAUGUGCAAUAAUUUUUUUAAUCAUGCUUUUCUUAAAUAAGUAACCGCUCGAGACUCCAUGACAGUAUUGUGUGUCUACUUGUGCACACUCUUUGCAUCUCAUAUUUAUACCAGGAUUAUCUAGAUCAUUUUAUUUUUUUAACAAAGCAUCAUACAUGUGAACACACUAUUUUGUAACAAGAAGAGCAAAAAGAAGUUAACAUUUUGUAAUAAAGUCAUUUUCCUGUGAAAGUAUUGUUGCGAAAUUAUAUAAUAUUGUACCCCACUUGCCAGUAUUAGUCUGCUCACAGUCAUAUGUAGCACAACAUGUUGCACAGGCACAUCCUUCAUAGUUCACUGAGGCAGAUACAGAUUUCACCACCAGGAAAAAAAAAACAACAACA